AUGACACUGCACAGUACAUCUCCAUCCGUAUACCUAGUUCUGUCGUCUGUGAGAGCGACCAACCUUUGCGGUACCGUCGGCACUGAAUCUACGCAAAUAGUCACAUUGUCGUUUCCACCGAAUUACCUGUACACUUACGUUGGGGAGGUGGGAAAUUUAGGCAUUCCAGGAAAUCAGGUCUCUUCCGAAUUUUUUAAUCCCACUGACUUGGCAAACUGUACGACUUUGACCGUCUUCACCAAUUUCGGAGCACAUUUCGCCGACCCUUACAGUCUAUUCAUUGUUGCACCUACACAGCUAUUGGACAUUGACCCAGCGUUUAGUACAUGCACGGCACCAGGCAGCACUGCAGGAAUUGUUGGCUCAAACACUCAACCUCAGCAACUGCCGCCCGCCGUUGAUUCGAGCGAUUCAGGCUCCAACGAUCAGUCACAGCCGGCCGUGCCUGGCGCGGUCUCAAUACCCAUCCCAGAACCUCCCUUCAGUACAGGACAAGGCCAACACAAACCGUCGGUUAUAUCAGUGUUGGGCCAGGCAUUUACUGCCAACUCUGACUCUGUUUUCGUAGCUCCAUCCGCAACACUUAUACCCCGUGGUCCGCCCAUCACAAUCUCAAACACCCCUGUAUCUCAUGCUCCAUCUGCAAACUCCGUCCUCGUCGGCCUUAACACGUAUGUUGAAGGUACUGCGCCAACGUCGGCAGUAGCAGUGCUUCCACUUGGAGACAAGUCUACAACUGCAAAUACCGCCUCCCAAUUUAUCAUAGGGUCUCAGACUCUGAACCCUGGCGGCGUCGUCAUGGUUUGGGUACUCCCGCUCACUGCCUUCUGGAUCCUCAUACGCCCUAGUGGGCUCAUCCACAGUCUCAUUAAUCAAUUCGCCCGCAACAGCCAAUUCACCUGGCGUUUGCGGGCCAAAUCUACAAGGCAAACCCAACAGACCGGGCUCUCGUCAUUGGUAGCCGGACCGUUACCCCUGGCGGUGCCAUCACUGUCGCUGGUACUCGAAUUCCCCUGCCUUCUGGGUCCUCAUUUGUGCUGGUGGGCUUGUCAACAAUCUCACUAA